AUGGCCUUGUGCUUCGUGGGCAUGAAGGUGUCUCUGAUACUGUUUUUCUACUUAAAGACUAUUCAAAGUGAAGUGAGAAGUGGAUGGAAACGCAUUUUGGAAGAUUUAGGUUUUCAAAGAGAAGCAGACUCUUUGCCGUCAGUGACAAAACUGAGCACCAUCAGUGAUUCUAAAAACACAAGGAAAGCUCGGGAAAUACUGCUGAGACUGGCUGAAGAGACCAGUAUUUUCCCAACCAGUUGGGAGCUCUCGGAGAGAUAUCUCUUUGUUAUGGACCAUCUCAUUGCACUUGAUGCUGUGGAAGAGUUCUUUAAAAUUGCCAGUCGAACUUACCCCAAGAAGGCUGGGGUCCCACGCCUGGCAGAUGGCCAGAAAGAACUGCACUACUUUCCUUUCCCAAGUCCCUAAAGGAGAAGCUACGAGGCAGAAUGGGAAUUCUUCCACUGGACCUCAACAACCAACCAAAGUUGGGCAAAUGUGUGCAAACGAGAAUGAGCAAAAAGAGCUAAGAGAAAAAGGAUUUUGAAUCCUACUAAAACCUAAGAGUUUGGAUAGCUGGUCAUCAUGAAACUCCAUGAAAUGUUGAAGUUGCAUUGAUCUUGCAUCAGAGAGUUGGUCAGUGAGCUGUUUUGUCAUGGGUGAUUAGAUUCUAUUGCCCCCAUUUUGGAGAAGGAAAUGGCAACCCACUCCAGUAUUCUUGCCUGCAGAAUCCCAGGGACAGAGGAGC